CCCCACCUCACCUCGCCUUGGUGACUACAUUCCUCUGGCGGCUGCCAGCCAUGGCCUCCUUGCUCAGGGCUGCGACCUGGGGGCUGUUCCCCUGGAGGGGUUACUGCUCCAGGGGUAGGAAGGGUGAACUCAGCAAGGGCUUCGUGGAGGCUCUGAAGGCAGUUGUGGGCAGCCCCCACGUGUCCACCGCUGCUGUGGUCCGAGAGCAUCAUGGGCAUGAUGAAUCGGUGCACAGGUGCCAACCUCCGGACGCCGUGGUGUGGCCCCAGAAUGUGGAGCAGGUCAGCCGGCUGGCAGCCCUAUGCUACAGCCAAGGCGUGCCCAUCAUCCCAUUCGGCACAGGCACCGGGCUUGAGGGUGGAGUCUGUGCUGUGCAGGGCGGUGUCUGUGUCAACCUGACCCACAUGGACCGAAUCCUGGAGCUGAAUCCAGAAGACUUCUCUGUGGUGGUGGAGCCCGGCGUCACACGCAAAGCUCUCAACACCCACUUGCGGGACAGCGGCCUCUGGUUUCCUGUGGACCCAGGUGCAGAUGCCUCGCUCUGUGGCAUGGCUGCCACUGGGGCCUCGGGCACCAACGCCGUGCGCUAUGGUACCAUGCGGGACAACGUGCUAAACCUGGAGGUGGUUCUGCCUGAUGGGAGGCUGCUUCACACCGCGGGGCCAGGCCGCCACUUCCGGAAGAGUGCAGCUGGCUACAACCUCACUGGGCUCUUCGUGGGCUCCGAGGGGACGCUGGGCCUCAUCACAGCCACCACCCUUCGCCUGCACCCUGCCCCUGAGGCCACGGUGGCUGCCACCUGUGCAUUCCCCAGUGUCCAGGCAGCAGUGGACAGCACUGUACACAUUCUCCAGGCUGCAGUGCCUGUGGCCCGCAUUGAGUUCCUGGAUGAAAUCACGAUGGACGCCUGCAACAGAUACAGCAAGCUGAACUGCUCCGUGGCACCCACGCUCUUCCUUGAGUUCCACGGCUCUGAGAAGGCACUGGAAGAGCAGCUGCAGCGGGCAGAGGAAAUCACCCAGCACCAUGGAGCCUCCCACUUCUCCUGGGCCAAGGAUGCUGAGGAGCGCAGCAGGCUCUGGCAAGCACGGCACAACGCCUGGUACGCAGUCCUGGCCUUGCGGCCGGGCUGCAAGGGCUAUUCCACCGACGUGUGUGUGCCCAUCUCCCGGCUGCCGGAGAUCCUGGUGCAGGCCAAAGAGGACCUGAAUGCCUCGGGACUCACAGGAGCCACUGCUGGGCAUGUGGGUGACGGCAAUUUCCACUGCAUGCUGUCGGUGGACCCGGAGGACCCCGAGGAGCUCCGCAGGGUCAAGGCUUUUGCAGAACGGCUGAGCAGGCGGGCACUCGCACUCCACGGGACGUGCACCGGGGAGCACGGUAUUGGGCUGGGCAAGCGGCAGCUGCUGCAGGAGGAGGUGGGCGCUGUGGGUGUGCAGACCAUGCGGCAACUGAAGGCCAUGCUGGAUCCCCAAGGCCUCAUGAACCCAGGCAAGGUGCUGUGAGAGGCUGCAAGCACUUGGCCCAUAAGCCCCCAAACAAUGGAACCUCCUGUUCUGGAACCUUUCCUCAUGCCACAGAACAGCUCUGCCUUUGCCCAGACCCUGCAGGGGUCUUCGCCUGCCUUCCCCUCUGUCUCAACCUCCCCACUGCUGGGGGCCUGGGGACAAAGCCUGAAGACCCACCACCCUUAGCUCUACUCCGCCUGCCCGGUGACAGGAACACUCCUAUCCUGGUGUAGAAGGGAGCUCCACCUCCACGUUGAUAGGUCUUCUCCUUGGGGGCUCCAAAAUAAGCCUGAACUCCAUUUUCAGCUGGCAGGAGAUGAGCAGGCAGCACCUGUGAAGUGCCUCCCGUGCCUGCCCUCCCCACCCCUCCUCGGGCCUGUCCUCUGACUUGUUGCAGCCUGGGGAGGGGAUGAUGCUCAGGCUACAGAAGGAAAGUUGCUUUCAGGGACCCAGGUCCCUAUGCCAGCUGCUCCACCUAUGAGAACCUCAGGGCCUGAGGACGUGCCCAUGGCCGACAUCACUUAGGACUCCCACUGGAUCUUAGAACAUUCUGAUCACGUUCUUCAAGCAGCUGCUACCAAUCAUUGAAAAUGGAGGUGAAGUUAUUCUCCUUGUACCACCUCUCUCCAUGGUGUGAUGUAUUUACUACCUGAUUUUUUGUCCUCAAAGUCAGGAUCUGUUAUCCUGGAGCCUGCCCCUGCCUUGGGAUCCCUGGCUGGAGCUACCUGCCUGGGGUACUUGCCAGUUGUUCCCCCCUAAGCCCACGAGAGGGCACCCAACACCAAUAAAGCUCAGACAGUGCAGCCUCUGCUCUGGCAGCAGCACCCAGCACUCACCUCUGUCUGGGCCUACAGUUCUCAGCCCUGGGCCCCCCACUUCCCAGGGUUGGGGAAGUGCCUAGAAGCCAAUCUCUAAACUCUCCAGCCCCAUGCAGGUCCUAUCGUGCGGGCCCAUCUCCCUCACCCCCGGGCCUUGGCCCCUCAGGAAAGUUGCUGGGCCAGUGAUGCAGGGGAGGCAGCAGCACCCUCCAUCUCCCCUCACCCACCCUCUCCCAGGCCACCUCUGAGCUCCUUCACUGCCUCCACCCCUCAACCCCAAGCUGUUCAGGCCCUGGGCAGAGGCAGCUCAGUGACUCCUCAGCCCUACUUGGUUCUUGGAACCCCUCCUCUGUGCUGAGCCCUGAGUUCGCUCCUUUACAUUUCUGUCCCCUGGAUGCCCUGAAUGGGAGCAGUAGCGGUGCCAAGGCAUGGUGUGGGGGCAAGUCUCAUUGGCCCUGUCCCCAAAACCACCCGCUAACCACCAGCCGUGUGCACUCCAGAGACACAGCUCACCAGUCCUCUCCCCUUCCUUCCGCACAGGCUGCCUAUCGCCCCGCAGCCCUCCCAGGGGAGCACUCUGCAGUGGCAGGUUUCUCCUUUACUCUUCUCUGAUGUGCCCCCCAGUGCCUGGCAACUAGUAGGUGCUCAGCAAAUGGCCAUUUGCCCACAAUUUUUUAUUAGGAAAAAUUUCAAACAUACAGAAGAGUUGAAAGAACAAGUACACUGCUCACUGAAAUACCAGCCACUAAGGUUCAACAAUGAAUAUUUUUGCCUUA